CCCAGAACAGGGGCAAGAGACCAACUUCCCACCUGGAAACUGAAGGCCUAAAUAUUAGUGCCAGAGAAUAAGCUAUGAAGCAUGUUCAUGGUUUCUUGACUCCCCCUGGACAACAUCUGACCUGGAGGAACAGGGGAAGAGAAGGGGCUGCUGGAUGGUGAUGUGCCUGGAGAUGCUGGGUUAGAGGAACAGGAACAGACACAUCCACUUGGUAUGACCUGACUAGUACCCAGGGUGAGUUGUUAUAAAACAGGUUGGGCACACUGCUCAGAUACCUCUCACCCUCUAGGUCUGGGCAGGAACAGGUCAUGGUCAACCACAGCUCCCCAGUGGACUUCCUCCUUCUGGGCUUCUCUGAAAACCCAGGACUUGAAAGAAUCCUCUUUGUGCUCGUCUUAAUUUCUUACCUUGUGACUCUGGUGGGCAACACACUCAUCAUCCUGCUGUCCACACUGGACCCCAGGCUCCACUCUCCAAUGUACUUUUUCCUCUCCAACCUCUCCUUCUUGGACCUCUGCAUCACUACAAGCUUUGUUCCCCAGAUGCUGUUCAACCUCUGGGGCCCAAACAAGACCAUCAGCUUCCUAGGCUGCUCAGUCCAGCUCUUCAUCUUCCUGUUCCUGGGGACCACAGAAUGCGUCCUUUUGACAGUGAUGGCCUUUGACCGCUAUGUGGCUGUCUGCCAGCCCCUCCACUAUGCCACCGUCAUCCACCCUCGCCUCUGCCGGCAGCUGGCGGCCAUAGCCUGGGUAAUGGGUCUGGUCCAGUCGACAGUCCAGACACCACCCACCCUCCGCCUGCCCUUCUGCCCCCACCGGCAGAUAGAUGACUUUGUAUGUGAAGUCCCUUCUCUAAUUCAACUCGCCUGUGGAGACACCAGCUACAGUGAAAUUCAAUUAGCUGUGUCGAGUGUCAUCUUCCUGGUCAUGCCACUCACCCUCAUUCUUAUCUCUUACGGAGCCAUUGCCCGGGCAGUGCUGAGGAUUAACUCUGCCACAGCGUGGAGGAAGGCUUUGGGGACCUGCUCCUCCCAUCUCACUGUGGUCACCAUCUUCUACAGUUUAGUCAUUUCCGUCUACCUCCAGCCCAAAAAUCCCUAUGCCCAGAAAAGAGGCAAGUUCUUUGGUCUCUUCUAUGCAGUAGGCACCCCUUCACUUAACCCUCUCAUAUACACCCUGAGGAAUAAGGAGGUAAAGAAGGCAUUCAGGAAGUUGCUGGGGAAGGAUGUGGACUCCAGGGAGAGCUGAGGGAGAGCUGCCUGAUGUGCUUUCAUUGAGAGGAUAUUCUUUAUUCUUAUUUGAACAAGUUUGAGCUGUCUAGUCUACAGCCUUCCCUAUACCUAUCCAAGCCACUACAGUAGGUCACGGUAUGUCUGGUGUGUGUGUGUGUGUGUGUGUGUGUGUGUGUGUGUGUGUGUGUGUGACAGAUAGACAAAGACAGAGAGAGAGAGAGAGAGAGAGACCAGAACUUGGGUAAGAAGAAGUAGUAUCUCUAAAUCAUAGCUAACACUCAAUAAUAUUAUUACACCUGUCCACUUUUACUAUUUAAUCCCCAUGUAUUUAUUUUAUUUUCCAUUCUAUUUUUAACUAUCUUUGCCUCAACUAUAGCUUCCCCAAGUCCUCCAUGUUCAUUUCUGGUUAUAUAAUCUCUCUCCAACUGGUCACCUUGUCACCACCUCUUUAUUAUUAUUUCUGAUUCCUACCAUGUCUUCUUUCCUUCUUCAUCAGGGUGCUUUCUCUCUACUUGCCUGAGGAAGGUUGAAAGGGAGCUGAAGCCCAGAGAAUUUAAUGAUUUAUCCAAGAACACAUAGGAAUUUGUUAGACUAAAACUAGAUGCUGAGCUUUGAGAACAAA